AUGUCCAUUGGCCACAUUAAUAUAAGAGAAAGAAAAUUGGAAGAUGCUGUGUUUGAAGGAUGGUUACUUAAGAGAGGUGAACACAUAAAGAAUUGGCGGCGAAGGUAUUUUAUGUUGUAUGAUGAUGGAGCAUUGUUUGGUUUCAAAACCAAGCCUGAACUUGGUCAGCCAUUUCCAGAUCCUUUAAAUGAUUUCAUUGUGAAAGGAGUUCAGGUAAAUGAAUCAAUUUGA